AUGUCUGGUUCCCUAAAGAGCAAUUUUAUCCGAUUCAACAAUCAUUUCAAAGUCUCUCAAAAUGAAAAAUCCAUUACUGAUUUCAACGACAUGAUCAAUUUGAAAAUUCAACAAUAUGGAUUGGAUAACGUCUAUAAUGCUGAUGAAACCGGUAAAUUGCUUUCGGCAUGCACAGUUGAUGAAGAAAUAGAUAACAUUAACAAAGAUUAUGAGAAUAAUUAUGAAGAAUUAAUUAAAAAAUGUGAAAUCAAUGAUGCAAUUUCUUAUGAUAGAUUUCUUGAAUAUGGCUAUAUUGAAAAUGAAGAACUAAUUGAAUUUUUGAAAGGGCAAUCUCGAAAUUUAUUUGACAAAAACUUGGAAUUGAAACGAGAUUUCGAUUACUAUAAAAAUAAUCUGCGUAUAUCAAUAUCGAAGAAUCUCCACGACGAACUCGAAUUCGACUUAAUCGAGUGCGAUGUUUCCAUUGCUAACGCUCUGCGGAGAAUUAUGAUGUCGGAAGUCCCCACAAUGGCCAUCGAGAAGGUUUUCAUAACACAAAACACGUCCAAUGCAAUCCCCGACCAAGUAAUUGCACAUCGUCUAGGUUUGGCUCCCGUAUUUGCGGAUCCUGACUUAUUCGAGUACAGCAAAGGUCUCCCUUCCCUUCUCAACAGCAGAUCCCCUCGUUGCCGACGAGUACUCCACACUUGUAUUCAAAUAUUCGAAAGUCUGUCGCAGUCUGAACCCCAAAUCAAAUUUGGCCGGACAGGAGAUAAGAAUGUGGGCAGCUCUGCCUAUUUCCCGUCAAACACUCGGAGAUGUGAGAUUGGCUGUGUUGAUUUGCAGGAAUUGGAUUUGUUUGUCCACUGUGUGAAGGGAGUGGGGCUCACUCAUGCAAAGUUCUCGCCAGUGAGUUAGUCUGGUCGUGUCAUGACUGCAGCCACGGCGUAUUAUCGGAUGAUGCCUCAGGUGGAACUAUUGAGACCAUUUCGUGGGGAAAUGGCUGAUCGACUGGCGGGGUUGUUCCCUGCGGGGGUGAUUGGUGUCAGAGGAGAGGGAGGGCAGCGGGAGGCGUAUGUUGACGACGCGAGGAAGGACUGCGGGGCUAUGAAUGUUUUGAGGGAUGAAGAGGUGAGGAGUGGGGUCAGGAUGAGCAGACUUAAUUCACAUUUUUUGUGUACGUUUGUGCAUUAUUUGGCAGUUUAUGUCGAGUCGGUGGGUGUUAUUCAUUCACAGGAGAUCUUCCGUCGGGCUUUGCGAGUGCUUGUGGACAAAUGUGACACGCUUUUGAAUGCCUUUGAUGCCCUGUGACUCUUUCUUUUUAUUAAAAUAUGUUUUUUAUUACUUUCGAGAGAGGGUCAUUCCUCUCACUUUAUUAUGCUCCUGAUUGAAUGUCCAAUUCUAGUCAGAAGGCGAUGUCAAAGUCUGCAUUAGUGCAGUUGGGAAUGUGCUUAGACUCCGUUGAGUUAAUGUGUAGGAACUUUUAAUGUAAGUAAGUUUCCAAAGAAUUCAACAACCACGAAAUUUGACGUAUUUCUGG